UGAGAGCAGGGGGAGAGCAGGGGGCCGCGGGUGUCCCCUGGUUACACAGUAGGAGCCUCGGGAGCACUUUGUCUUCAGGCGGAAUGCGGGGCCGGACCCUGAACCCUCGGACCAUUUACCCAGUGUUGCCGAAACUCGUUGCCCUCCUGCCCAUGUCCUGUCAGAAGCGACUUCACUGCAAAACCCUCAGCCAGGAUCUCUCUGUGGAAACCGCUGUGUUUCCGGAGAAGGUGAGCAAUGGGAUGCUGAGGGGCAGCAGAGACAAGGAGGCCAUGGAUGUGCCUGAGGAAGGCCCAGCCCACCAGGGGAUCAGCCCCACCCUCAUCCUUCAGGAGGCCUCACUGUGAUCUGGACUCGG